UUGGUCUUUAAACUGAUGCAGUAACUCCGACAUUGAUAACGACAUCCUAUUCCCUCAACUGUGUACAGGGCUUUCAUCCUAGCAUCUUGGUGUCAGUCUUUCUGAUGAACUAUGCGUCAGCACACGGUGAAACAUAUUUUGCUACGUGAAAGGUAUCUUUCCCACUUGGCCCAUCUCUCACCUCACCCUACGUCAGAUCCAUUCACUCGGGCUUAUGUAAGAUCUCACCCUCUUCCUCCCAACCAAGCAAAUAUCUUGAACUUCCUUCCCCCACCAAUCCUUCUUUUAAGACUGAUGUCCCGAAUAUCCAUUAUCGCAACAAUGAACACCUCGAAGCCCACGAUCGUUCUCGUUCAAGGCUCCUUCCAGACCUCCCUCGUUUAUGAGCAACUCAGAACCGGCCUUCACAACGCGGGAUAUCCCGUCGUCCACCCCAAACUCCCCAGCAUCUGCACCGACAUCGACGACACUGAGUUUCUUUCUCGCACACUGAAAGACGAUGCAGACGCUGUCACCACAGCCCUGCAACACCUCGUCGAAGAAGAGAAGAAAUCAGUGGUGGUUGUAAUGCACUCCUACGGCGGCAUCGUGGGCACCGAAGCAAUCCCCAAGCACCUCACCCACGCGGCGCGGCGCACCCAGGGGCACCAAGGGGGAGUCCUUCACCUCUUCUACUUUGCUGCCUUUAUCCUGCCCGAAGGUAAAUCCGUGCUCGAGGUCUUCGGAGAGUCUCCGAUCAAUGACGUGCAGGUAUGCACACCCAAAACUCCGGGUCCGUUCCACUUACCUGGAAGGCAACCACUCUCCUUUUCCUUGUUGUUUCGAUCAUGCGAUUAUGUGCAUCAUUCGUCGCUUACCCGGAGUCCAUACAAUCUACAGCCAGAUGGCACAUCCCGAUUGAAGACCGGCGCCCAGACAGUGUACGGCGACCUCCCGGCUGCGGAGGCGGCGUUAUGGGAAUCGCGCCUCGUCCCCCAGUCGUACGCGGUGCAGACCACGUGCACGACGCGGGCGGCGUACGAGUACCUGCCUUCGACUUACCUGGUGUGCGAGGGGGAUCAAGCAGUCCCGCCGAGUUUUCAGGAGGGGUUUGCGGGGCUGGCCCGCGCGGAAAUGGAUCGGUGCACCGCUGGCCACUCGCCGAUGCUGAGCCAGCCCGCUAUGUUGGUGGGGAAGAUUGCUGCGGUGGUGGAUCAGGCGGGCGCAGCGGCGGCGGGGUCGAGCUUGUAAGCGCUAGACUUAAUUUGUGUGCAGAUCGGCGGGUGCUUGCGCCUGUCAGAGUCGUAGUAUCAUUGGUUGCAUGGCGAGAGUUUAUGAGUGUGAGUGUGAG